AUGGUUGGUAGAGGCACACCCACGGUAACUACUAUCCCUGAUGAAAAGGAACCUUCCAAACCUGUUUAUAAGAAUCAAUUAACUGAUUGUUUUGAUGAUAUUUUAAGGCUUUCGGCAGAGAUGAUGGUGAAACAACAAAUGAAGUCGAUCCAAUUAGACGCGUCUAUUGUGAAUGGUUUUAAUAAGAACCAACAGAAUAUUUUGAAUGAAAAAAUCAAUCUUUUCCAUACAAUAUUAGAUGAUUUAGCUUUGACUAUAGAUAAUAGUAAAUCAUAUAUCAAUGAAAUCUAUCAGAUUGGUAAAGAGAAGAAGAUUCAAAAGGAAAAAGAAGAAGAAUUGAGACGGAUUCAAGAACAAGAAGAGUUGGAGUUAAAGAGGAAGAAAGAACAGGAAGAAUUGGAGUUGAAGAAGAAAAGAGAGCAAGAAGAAUUGGAGAUGAAGAAGAGGAAGCAAGAACAAGAACAAGAAGAAGCUAGAUUGAAAAAGAAACAACAGGAAGAAGAGGAAGCCAGGUUGAAGAAACAACGAGAAUUGGAAUUGGCUCGUGAAAGAGAAGAACAAGAGAAAUUGGAGAUUGAAAAAGCCAAUGAAAAGACAAGACAAGCAUCUAAUAUGUUGGGGAAUAUGCCCCUCGGUGAUUCUACAAGCGAUUUGUUGAGUUCAUUUAAUCCAGCUGCUCUCGGUAUCAAUUUGGAAAAUAGCAAUCUUAAUAGCAAUAUGAAUAAUAACAUGCCAAAUAAUACUAACCCAGUGCAUGGUAACAAUAACAGCAAUAAUGAUACUAAUAAUAAUAGUAAUAAUAGUAAUAAUAAUAAUAAUAAUAGUAGUAGUAGUAAUAAUAAUGAUAAUAAUAAUAAUAAUAAUAAUAAUAAUAAUAAUAAUAGUAGUAGUAGUAAUAACGGUAUCUCAACUCAUGAUAUGGAUUCUGUAGAUAUGUCUAUGUUUGCCGGGUUGGGUAAUAAUGAAUAUGAUAUGACAUCCUUUGGAUUGAAUCUAGACGAUUCUGGAUUGGGUAAUAUGAAAUCCACUCCAAAUAACGGCAAUUCGAUGAAUAGGAACUCAAAUGAGUCUAAUGAUGGAAUGAAUGUUAACUCCGGUAACAAUAAUAAUAACAACAAUAGCACUAAUAACAACAACAACAACAACAACAACAACAUCAUCAUCAAUGAUAAUGAUAAUAACAAUAAUACUAAUCAAUCUAAUCAGAACAAUAACAAACAGAUGAACUCUAUACCGAACGACCUAUCCAAUGGACUAGUAGAUGCUGAUUUAGGGGUUCCCCUAGGCGAUUUGACGGGUGGAAUGGGACAAGGUGUAAAUGAAGACUACUUGACGUUGAACGACUUCAACGAUUUGAACAUCGAUUGGUCUGCACCUGGUGAAGGUGAUGACCUGGACCUCAACGGAUUCAAUAUAUAG